AGGCACCCUGCUCCCGGACUCAUUGCGCGCACCGAAGAUCUGGAGUUUCCACUAGGAUGUCGAGGAUAAAAGGUGUCGCAGACAUGGGCGGAACGACCCCCAUCGAACGCCCCGUCCCCCUUCAUCGCAUCUUCCCCCCUGCAAGAUGGAUGCUCCCGCGUAUUGCAGUCCCGAUUUCGCGAUGAUCGCCUACGCUCCUACCUACAACGAGGACAUUCACAAAACUUACGAGCAACAGUACCCGUCGCUGCACUAUACAUCCAGUGGACUUGGAGACCCUUCAUAUUCGUCGCAAUGGUUCGACGGGUCGGCAGGCAAUGUUCUGGCAUUCUCUGGCGCAGAGGAGGAACUGUACGCUGCUUUCUUGGCCGCCGAGGUCGCAUCGACGAGCGCACAUGCUCCUUCCUUUGCCAUCCCCGUCUCAUCUCCGCCAUUCUACGGUCAUCAAGCCCCAUCCCCCGUGUUCAAUUCCCCACUCGGGCAAGCUGAUGACUCGACAACGGUACCCUGCGUCCCUCCUGAACUCAUCUAUCCUCCUGGGCAUGACAGCUACGCCACCACUUCUGCCGUGCCCCAGCCUCCUCUUGCCGCGACGUCCGGAAACACACGACGCACGCGCAGAGCCAGUCCCACAGCUCAGCCCACCUCGUCAUCCUCGGCCUGUCCAUCGCCUGUGGCCGAGUCUUAUCCUGGAACUUCUCCGCGUCUCGUCGCGUCUACGCGCAGGAACGCGCCCGUAUCCUCUCCGAAUGCAUCCUCAUCCUCCGCACCCAUCCGCACCAACCGCUGGGCGUGUCCCCACUGCCCCUACGUCCAGCACAACCGCCGCUCACCCGACCUCAAGCGCCAUAUCGAAACACAUACGCUUGGUGCAGAUGUGGCGAUGUGGGUGUGCUGUGGGGUAUAUGCGUUGGACGCGUUGGACCAGGGGGUUCCCGUGGAGGUGGUGCGGCAGAGCCAAAUCGUUGACUUUGGUGGGGUGCCGAUGAUUGGGGGAUGCAUGAAGACGUUCAGCAGGAAGGAUGCGCUGAUUCGGCAUUUGAAGGCGCAGAAGGGCAAGUGCAUUGGGGACGCGGGGUCGAUGUACCAGCCGGGAAACCGGAUGAAGGACGGAGAAGGUUUAGAGAGCUGAGCCUGGGGUCGAGAUUGUAUCAUGACAUGUAUACCGUACCCUCGC